AUGGACGUACUCUUCGAUCUUGGAUCAGCCACCUCGCCGUGUGCCUACUACAAAGCGCUUCAUGAGGUGCGCGCCUUGUUCUCGUUCGCCGCUCAAAUCGGUCUUGAACUUGACACUGUGAACCUCGGCGGUGGAUUCCCUGCCAGUAAAGCGGACAAAGAACAACGCUUCCCUGAGAUGUGCGAUGUGAUCAAUGCCGGACUCGACCAGCUGUUUUCAUGCAGGGAGUUUUCGAAUCUGAAAGUGAUUGCAACUCCUGGAAGAUAUUUCGCUGCAGCUGCAUUUGUGCUUUGCACAAAUGUCAUUGGUAAACAAGCGCUGGAAGCACGUCACAUCACGAAAGACGGUGAGUAG